CUCUGGAAGGGGCGGGGCCUGGCGCCGGCCGUUGCGUUCCCCGUCGACCGCCGGGAGGGGGACCAUCGAGUGACUGAACCCAGGGUUGCGCAGUUGGACGCUGACUGAGGCGCGAGCGGGCGACGCCGGGCUUGUAGCGCCAAGCGAAAAGCAGAGCCAGCAGGGCUUUUCCAGGUGAGCUGGCUUGGGAGGCCCCUGGCAGAAACUAGGGGACAAGUUCUUAUCCAGGGAGCUCCACGACCGGCAGGAUGGGGUCAGCCUGUAUCAAAGUCACCAAAUACUUUCUCUUCCUCUUCAACUUGCUCUUCUUUGUCCUGGGUGCUGUGAUCCUGGGCUUCGGGGUGUGGAUCCUGGCUGACAGGAGCAGUUUCAUCUCCGUCCUGCAGACCUCCUCCACCUCGCUCAAGGUGGGAGCCUACAUCUUCAUCAGCGUGGGGGCCUUCACCAUGCUCAUGGGCUUCCUGGGCUGCAUCGGUGCUGUCAACGAGGUCCGCUGCCUGCUGGGGCUGUACUUUGUCUUCCUCCUCCUGAUCCUCAUCAUCCAGGUGACUGCUGGGGUCCUCUUCUACUUCAACAUGGGCAAGCUGAAGCAGGAGAUGGGCGGCAUCGUGACCCAGCUCAUUCAGAACUACAAGGACAACCACGAGGACAGCUUGCAGGAGGCCUGGGACUACGUGCAGGCGCAGGUGAGGUGCUGCGGCUGGGUCAGCUUCUACAACUGGACAGAAAACGCCGAGCUUAUGAAUCACACCAACAUCACCUACCCCUGUUCCUGCGAGAUCGAGAGAGAGGAGGAUGACCACAGGCUCCAGCUGAGGAAGGGCUUCUGCCAGAUCCCCGACAGCAACACGACCCAGCCAGGAGUCAACAGCCCAGAGUUCUGGCCCGUCUACCACGAGGGCUGCAUGAAGAAGGUGCAGGCGUGGCUGCAGGAGAACCUGGGCAUCAUCCUAGGCGUGUGUGUGGGCGUCGCUGUCAUUGAGCUCCUGGGGAUGCUCCUGUCCAUGUCUCUGUGCCGGCACAUCCAUUCCGAAGACUACAGCGAGGUCCCCAAGUACUGAGCAGCUGCUGUCCCCACCUCCCUGCCUGUCCCCUAACCUCAGGGCUUCUAGGGGUCUCCCUGGCUCCCUCCUCCAGGCCUGCCUCCCGCCUCACUUACAAGACCACUAGUCCGUCCUGUGCUGGCUAGAAAGUGGGGUGGGGGAGCUUUCUGGGGCCUGGGCCCCUCCUCUCCUUUGCUUUUCUGCCACCAGCCUUAAGCCCCAGCUCUUCUGUGGCUCCUCUACCCAGUGUCUGCCUGGGUUGUCUUAGCAGCUCAGAGAAAACACUCCCCGCACAGGUGGGCUGGGUUUCCACCUGCCUCAGGUGCUGUAUAUAUCAUGUCAGAGAAAGUGUAUUAAAAGUUUGGGGGCAGCGGAGUAGAUAAGGCACCCCGGGCUGUCAGGGGACUGCCCACUGCGUGGGUCAGCUUUGUUUCCUCUCUGAUGCUUCUCUCUUUGGUUUUCUCAUUUUCAUGGGGUAGUGGGAGAGGGUAGGCUUUACCUUACACGAGGAGCAGGACCCCUUCCCCGGGUCUGACCCACCCUCACCCCAGCAGCUCAGAUCAGUCUGGGCCAUGCCAUGGGGGCAGGGCCUGGGUGAGCUGGACUGAAACAGGGCUGCUUGGGCAAGGGGGUCUGGACCAUCCCUGGGCUGCUUAGGGAAUCAGAGGGGUGAAGAGCUGGCCCUGCGUUCACCAGGAUCCUGAGCUGUCCAGGGAAGGGUGGGGGAUGCUUUCUCCUGUCCUCUGCCCCCCAGGGAGUGGGUGGGUGAGGCUGUGCCUUGUAGGGGAGUGGGCUGGGGCCCUGUGCACAGUUCUGUAAAAUGCGGAUGACUGAUUAUUAAAAAGGAUUUGUAACAA